AUGGAACACCGACCUCAUCAAAAAAGCGGGACCAAAACUACAGAAAAGUACAUACACCAAGACGUUGAAGUGGAAAAUCAAGAUGAAAAAUAUCUUUCGCAUGAAGAAUUGGAAGAGUACCAGAAAGUACAAGAAGUGCUUCUAAAGUUUUUAAGAGCAAAACAUAAUAAUAAAUCGGAUCUUCGGAAAUUCCUCUUGAACAUUAUCAUGAGCUCGUCUAGGCUACUUGUACUUCUAGAAGAUACUGUAAAUCAGGAAAUUGGAGAUGCUGGGGGAAAAAACUCCAAAGCAAAUCAGCAACAUAAAUCUGAUGAAAAAAAAGAUGAACAAAUACCACGAGUAACAAUCCAAAGAAUUAGCUGCAAUAACGAGCCUAAAGAUACAGUGCUUCAUGAAAAUGAUGACUGUAGGAUGAAAGAUAAGACAUCCAACACGAAAAGUUCUCAAUUCAUGCAAGUUUUGCAAGAAAAUCGUACUCAAACGCUUGUAAAAAAAGAAGUUCAUGAUACUCAAUUGAACAACGAGAUUGAGAUAGAAUUUGAAUGUCAAAAUGUAAAACCCACCGUAAUCUCUUUGGUAUCUGAAAAAUUAGAUAUAAGUAUUGACCGGCAACCCAAAAGAGAAAAUGAAAAAGUUCUGCCUCUUGAAUCUAUACACAGAAACAAGAAAUCUAAAAAGCUUAAAGCGUGCUCUAAAAAUUUUGGGAGGAUAAGUAAUCUCAAAAUCCACAAACAGACAGCGCGAGAUCGCAUUACACAUUCAUGUGACAUUUGUGGAAAGAAAUUCAUGCAGAAGCACAAACUCGAAAUCCAUACAGAAGUAGUGCAUAAUGGUCGAAUACAUCAUAAAUGUGAGACAUGUGGCAAGACACAUACAACAAAAGCUAUGCUUGACCGUCACACUAAAUCAUUGCAUAAUGGUAUCACUUAUGCGUGUGAUUCAUGUGGCAGAAUAUUCACACGAAAGGAUAAUCUGAAAAUCCAUAUUGAUUCGAUUACACAAAGAUUCCAUGCAUAA